AUGCUGGAGACGGUAGCAGAGUCUGGGCGCAUCUUCACCCCGCCUCCAGCUAGCCAACCAAUGAGCGCGUUGCUCGAGGCCCCGCCUCCGACGGUUGUUGCUCAUCCGGACAGGCAACAGCUCCACUUCAGCAACAUGUUCUCACUCCAGGAGUUCCUCAGCUCCCAAAUGCUCUCUUCGAUGAUGCAGCCGUCCGUGUCUACCGCUCCUCAACCGAGUUUUGGAAUGCCAUUCGACGCUCAAUUCUAUGUCCUCAUGAAUGCACAUUUACAAAAUAUGCUGAACACUAUGCCGCAAAAAGUGAAGGAAGAGGCGGAGGAGAGCGAAGAACAUAAAACACAACGUUCGUUCUCGAUCGACAACCUGCUGCGACCGGAAAGCGAAGAGAAGCAGGCAUCAAACACCCCCGAUUCGGAUCUAACAACUUAUACGCUUGAUGCUCUUGAAGUAUCCGACGGACGAACAAAGACCACACGAAAAUUCUCAAACUCUCGGUGUGUUUGCGACCAAUGUGGCAAAUCCUAUGCUACCACCAGCAAUCUAAGCCGACAUAAACAGACUCAUCGCCCCCUUGAUAGCGAACACGCUAAACAAUGUCCUCAUUGCGAUCGAGUUUACGUCAGUAUGCCAGCUCUAAGAGUUCACUGUGCUGGCAAAUCUCCGACGCCGUUCCAGCACCGUGCUAGCGCCGUGCCGGACGUAUUGAUCGAUCGGUGCCGGCACGGCGUCGGAAUGGCUCUGGCACUGGCAAUUCCAUAUGCAAUUGUUUAUAACUCUACCCUAUUCUUCUGCUCUAGGGUCAUCUUCGCUCCCAUACUGGUCAACGCCCAUUCGGCUGUGCUCAUUGUGGAAAAAGUUUUGCAGAUAGAAGCAAUUUGA